AAGAGAAAGAGACAAAGUAGAUAGGAAUAUACAAAGUAAAAGGAAAGAGUCGGGCUAGGGAUUUAUUGAGGGACCUUCUGCAUACGAAUCAGAAUCGGUAGUCACUAGUCCACCAAGCCAAAUUCUGUAAAAAAUUGAUCUCCGGGUAUUCCAUAAGAGAUUUCUCCAGGAAUAUUCCUCCACGGAUUUUUAAGAAGUUCUUCCAGCCCAAUGUUUCCGAUAAAUGCAAUUUCUUUAUGGAAGACAGUUCCUCCCUUGUUUGGAAACAGACAAAAUUGUUAGAAAAUAUUUGAAUCAAUAUGGGUUUUAUGUUUGUUGUUUAGUUUGGGGAGCCUAUUGAGGAGUCCUUUUGAGGAGCAAAACAGUCGUCACUCUACUGUAAUUAAUCUGAAAUUUGGAAACCUUCAGUAACCAGCUCUUAUUUUACCAUGACAGCACUGCUUUGCAGUCAAUUGAGGUACAGAGCAAACAAAGCCACCACACAUAAUAACAUUGUUUGUCAAAUGUUGUCCCUUGCCUGCGGAAAAUUGCGGUUCAAACUAGAAAAGGUCAUCAAAGCAUAAUUAGAUUGGCAAUAGCAGUUCAUUCAGAUAAGCCAAACUGGUUUUAAUGCGGUUGGGCCUACACGACGUAGGUAAGGCCAUCAACGUUAUACUAUAUGUCACUAGAAUAUAUAAAACUAGACAAUCACCAAACGCUCGUACUUGUUAUCACGUCACCACAGAAAUGGAAAAUAGUUCGGGAAUAGGUCGAAAGAAGAGAACAGAUCUCACGCUGGUUAGUUUGAUCGGUAUGCCGGAAGAGAAGCAACUACGUUUGAGUGAAGAUUCGCGCGCAACUCCGGAAUGGAUCAACCCGGAAUACUUCAAAGGGCUGCUGCAAAAGUGUACAAAUGAUCUGACGAUUGAAGUUCAGGCUGUGCGGGUGAAAUAUGCUUUGCCAAAAGGAGAAAAUUUUGCUAGUGUCAUCUAUCGGGCUCAGGUGGUGUAUCGUAGAUCGGGCGAACCGGUGACGACUUGUAGCUAUAUUCUCAAAGGCCUUGCCGAAUCUCCUGUGGCUAGGGAAAAGCUAGGCGAGUACGAUGUCCACGGCAAAGAAAUGGACGUCUAUCAGCUGGUGAUUCCUGAACUGAUGCAUUUGAUGAAAUCCGUUGGCGAAAUAUCAGAGCUCUAUCCUGAUGCGCUGUGUGUAGAUCGGAGCCACGAAAUGAUUAUUCUGAACGACGUUCUACAAAAGGGAUUCGUAAUGGUAGAUAGAACCAAAGGGUUGGACGCAGUGCAUACCAAAAUGUCACUCAAAGCAAUGGCAAAGCUGCAUGCUGGUUCUUUAAAACUUGUAGAAAGAUUUCCAACGAUCUUCGAUCGCUACACUACAGGAAUGAUGAACCGCAAAACGGACGCAUUCCACCUGUUCUUCCAGUCCACGUACGAUGCACUGACGGAUGAAAUCUAUUCUUGGAAUCCGGAAUGGCACUACUACGCAAAUAAACUGACAAAACUUCGUCCACAUUACCUCGAACAGGGAAUGACCGUUUUUGAUAAUGAUAGCGCGGAUGAACUGCGGGUAUUUGUUCAUGGUGACUUCUGGGUAAACAAUCUAAUGUUCAAAUAUGACGCUAAAGGCAUUCCAAUCGAUAUGUUGGUUCUUGACUUUCAAUACUGCUGCUACGGAAGUCCUGCAAUUGAUUUAUGCUACUUCUUUUUUACUUCGUCCUGUGAUGAGAUACGUCAGAACAGCUUCGAUGAAUACAUGCAGUACUAUUACUGCCAGUUGGCAAAAUACGUCAAAAAGUUGAACUGCUCGAUACGAUUUCCUACAUUGCACCAGUUCCAACAGCAAAUUAUGAAAAAGAUGUUUUACUCUGUCCAUUCCAGUAUAGUGGCUCUUCCGUUGCAUUUGAACGUGUUGGCCGAGGAUGCAGAUCUGGAAACUCUUUUGGCAGGAGACGAGCGAUCGAGACGGUUCAAGAGGGCUAUUAUGACCAAUGUAAAUUACCAAAAGAUCAUCAAGGGCCUGCUGCCGACCUUCGAUCGGAAGGGUUUACUCGAUAAACUAGAUUGA